GUGUGUUCAGAGGCUGUUAACCGGAUCAAGGAGAUCAUUACUAACGGUGUAGUGAAGGCUGCCACUAACUCGAGCUACAGCGGAGCGACGGUCACCGUUUACCAGCAGCCCGGCCCCGCUCCUCCACCCACAAUCCCCCCUGCUGCUCACAAACCACACUACCCCGGAGGAAUGCACUAUGUGCAGGACAAGCUGUUUGUGGGUCUGGAUCAGGCCGUGCAGGGCUUCUGUGUGAAGGAGCGUGUGGAGGGGCCCGGAUGCUCAUAUCUGCAGCACAUUCAGGCUGAAACUGGGGCCAAAGUCUUCCUUCGGGGCCGGGGGUCCGGCUGCCUGGAGCCCGCGUCUGGACGAGAGGCCUUCGAGCCCAUGUACAUCUACAUCAGUCACCCUAAACCAGAAGGACUUGCUGCAGCUAAAACACUGUGUGAAAACCUCCUGCAGACCGUUCAUGCUGAGUAUUCUCGAUUCCUGAAUCAGAUGAGCAGUGUGAUGCCCACACAGGGGUUCAUUCAGCCUCCUUCCAUUAACGGGAUCCCGCCGCAGGCUCCGUAUUAUUCUCCCGCGGGCUUCCAGCCGUCCUACCCCGGCCCGACCCCGCCGCCGCAGCCCGUCGCUCCUCAGUAUCCAGCGGCUCCUUCGGCCCCGGCCCCGGGCCCUCUCCCCACCGCACAGUAUCCCAUCACCCCCACGCCCCCGAGCGCCCCGGCUCAGACGCUUCCUCCGGCUCCGUUCCCCCCCGCCGCUCCGGCUCCGCCCAAAGCCGUGGCUCCGCCCAAUCCGCCACAGAAGCGCCGCUUCACGGAGGAGGUGCCGGACGAGACGGACAGCGGCCUGCUGGGAUACCAGCAUGGACCCAUUCAUAUGACUAAUUUAGGUGCAGGCAUGUCUGUGGGCAGCUCUGAGGCAUCAGGACCCCCGUCUGCUGCUUCCUCAGGGCCUGUGAGAGAGAGAGACAGGUAAGACACACACACACUCUCACACACACACG